AUGGAGGCCUGUGUUUAUGAAGAUUCGCCGCUGGCCGCUUACCUCGAAGGUGAAGGCGAAGCCGAGCAGGACUGGACGCCGCAGGAGGUUGACUGGCCGCAUACCGAAUCCUCAGACUCCACGACCCUCGACUUCGCGCCCCAGGGGCCCCCGAAAUUUCAGGACCGCAUCAGAAAUAAAAUCCCCGAACCCUUGAAACUGAAGCGGUCGAGUAGACAAGAGGCUCUUGCUAGGAUCCAGGAUACCUGCGCUGCCGCCAUCAGUGCGAGAAUAGGCAAAACCGACAACGAGCGAUUCAAAGAACAGUUUGGAUAUACGAUUAUUGCGUCUCAGCUGCUGAGCGAACCCAGCGCACCCUCAUACACCUCCGUCUCAACCCUCUUAAGCCACCCUGUCCAGAGCGAUGAGGCCAAGGCAGCCUCUAGAGCAGCCGUAUUCGGCGUGCGAGGAGCUGUAUUCACGGGCCUGGCAUCCUUCUCCAUCGUCCUAUUAUUACACUGGGCCCGAUCAAUACACAGGAUAGGCUGGAGUAUUGGAACAGUCGUCCUUUUUGGUUUUCUGCUGGCUACUGUCGUAGCGGCAUUCUACGUCUUUGCGAAACGCCAGUGGCUAAGGUACCUGCGUAGCCAGGCUAUUGAAACUGCUACUGCUUGUGUUGGGAAUGCGCAGACACUUGAUUCUGCGGCUUCAGCAUCCGUAGUGCUCAUACAGGAAGUCGAGCUUGUUUCACGUGGAUAUAGAGUGAGCUCGCCGCUUCCGCCAGUGAGCCGGUUGGAGGAACGGUCGCAAACUCGGAGAUGCCUAAAACUCCGACGCAUCCUGGCUAAAUGCCUGGAAGAGAUGCUGGAGAAAUAUCUCUAUGUGAAACGAAAAUUACGGCCACUCGUAGAUGAUGCGAACCUGGAAAAAUAUUACGACAUAUAUGAGCUUUCCCUGGUGGAACUCCAGGCUGCCGAAUCAACGGUGGUCGACCAGUCUGUCGAUGAAAAGACAUCCCUGAGAUCCCUGCGGUCGUUAUUUGCUAGGCUCUAUACCGUGAGAAAGAGCGCCCUUUGUUGUCUCCUUGCACUUCCGGCGGACGGAGGUGAAGCAGAUAUUGCAAGAUGGAAUGCUGCGACCGAGGAGAUGCAUAGCCUGGCUGACGCCAGCGCUGAAUGGAUCGAGAAAUUGAGAGAUGUCCUCAAUGAACAAGACCGAGACAUAAUUUCUUCAUCUCCUAUUACGAACCCGAACCCGAACCCCAACAAGGACCGCUAUCGAGCCCAGCUUCGACGGCUAAACUCGUUAUCUCAAGGCAUACGAGGACUUCAUGCCAGGAUGCAACUUAUCCGCGAAGAGUCAGAUGCCUGUCUCGAUGGAUCCAACGAAGACGUAGACCUCGGCUCAACUCUCCUAGCCCAGUAUGAGGCUAUCGGCGCUGAACUGCGCGGGAUACUCCAAGAAUGGGAAGCCGGCAAAUCCGCCAUGCGAGCCAACAUCGAGACAUCCGAUCGCUACUCCUCUUCUUCUCGACGCACAUCGAGCAUGAUCAAGUCACCAUCUUCACCAACUUUCAGUAUUGGAGGCAGCACCGCUGUUGACGGUGGUCCGGCCGAUGCCCUGCGGGCACUGAACGGAGAGAUGCAAACAAAUCUCAACCCGGAUAGCAACAUGGAUGACGACGAGGUUUUUGAAGCCAUUGCCAUGCCUCGAACCCGAAGCUCGUUGACUCGCGUGGAACGAAUUGCGCGUAUGAAAGAAGACCGGGCCCGCCAGGCCGUCGCUCGGGAGAGAGCAGAUGCGAAUACGCAUAUGCUGAAAGAACUUGAGACGGUGAUCAAGCUUCGUCCUAACAAGGGCGGCGCAAGAGUUUCUAGUCUCUAG